AUGGCGAGUGAAUUACAGUGUCACUCUCACACACACUCCACACCUCACAAACACAGCACAUCCCAUGCCCUGGCCUCACAAACACAGCACAUCCCUCCACAUCACAUGGCCCUGGUCUCACAAACACAGCACACCCCUCCACAUCACAUGCCCCUGGCCUCACAAACACAGCACACCCCUCCACAUCACAUGGCCCUGGUCUCACAAACACAGCACACCCCUCCACAUCACAUGCCCCUGGCCUCACAAACACAGCACAUCCCUCCACAUCACAUGACCCUGGCCUCACAAACAGCACAUCCCUCCACAUCACAUGCCCCUGGCCUCACAAACACAGCACAUCCCUCCACAUCACAUGCCCCUGGCCUCACAAACACAGCACAUCCCUCCACAUCACAUGCCCCUGGCCUCACAAACACAGCACAUCCCUCCACAUCACAUGCCCCUGGCCUCACAAACACAGCACAUCCCUCCACAUCACAUGCCCCUGGCCUCACAAACACAGCACAUCCCUCCACAUCACAUGCCCCUGGCCUCACAAACACAGCACACCCCUCCACAUCACAUGCCCCUGGCCUCACAAACACAGCACAUCCCUCCACAUCACAUGCCCCUGGCCUCACAAACACCCUACCCCCUUUACGAACACAAUCCCCGGCGUAG